UUUGUCUGGCAGCAGCCGACACCUGGGGGGGGCGGGCUGAGGCGAAAGGCCACUGGCAGAGCGCAGAGCCAUCCGCGCUCUCAUUCGCCGCCUCCGGCCAGUGAGCGGAGGGAAGCGUCCUCCUGCGGACACGCGUUCCUCACUUUGCGAGCGCUUCGCACGCUCAUCCGCAGCCUCCGGCUCCGCCUCCCUGUCGUCGACGAGGCGGCAUCCCGCCCCCCCCCUCCCCUCUCUCUCUCUUUCUGCGACGCGCGCGCUGACUGGCUGCGAAGCGGGGGUCGGGUUGCCGUCGCGAGAGGGGCUGCUCCCGAAAAGCGGAGCGGCCAUCCACCGCCGGCAGUGCAGAAUGGAGGAGGGCGACGGCGGGCGCGAGAGCCGCGCAAAUGGAAUCGCGCUUCAAUGAAACGUCUCCCGUCUCGCGUCGGCAUCAUGUUGUACUUCCAGUUGGUGAUCAUGGCCGGGACCGUCAUGCUGGCUUAUUACUUUGAGUGCACCGACACCUUCGGGGUGCACGUGCAGGGAUUCUUUUGCUACGACACCACCUACACCAAGCCCUACCUUGGACCGGAGGAGCGCAGCGCCAUCCCGCCCAUCCUGCUGUACGCCGUGGUGGCGGUGCUGCCCACGCUGCUGAUCGCAGCAACAGAGACGGUGCUGUUCCUGGUCCAGUACACGUCCAAAGAGUUUGACCGUUCGGAGAAGACGGUUGCCACGGGAGACUGCUGCUAUCUCAACCCACUGGUGCGCAGGACGUUCCGUUUCCUGGGAGUUUACACCUUCGGUCUCUUCACCGUUGACAUCUUUGCCAACGCAGGCCAGGUGGCGACGGGGAACCUGGCACCUUAUUUCAUGAGCAUCUGUAAGCCAAACUACACGGCGCUGGGCUGCCAUCGGGCCCCGCGCUACAUCAGCCACCAGGAGGCCUGCACGGGAGACCGGGACGACAUCCUGCACGCCCGCAAAACCUUCCCGUCCAAGGAGGCCGCUCUCAGCACUUACGCCGCGCUCUACCUGGCUAUGUACGUGACGUGCACGGUGCGGGUGGAAGGCAGCCGCCUGGCCAAGCCCGUCCUGUCGCUGGCCCUGCUGUGUCUGGCCUUCCUCACGGGACUGAAUCGCAUCGCCGAAUACCGCAACCACUGGGCCGACGUCAUUGCGGGCUUCGUGAUCGGCACCGCCAUCGCCACCUUCUUGGUGGUGUGCGUGGUCCACUAUUUCCAAGGGAAGUUGCUGCUGAACGACGAGACUCCGACGGGAGCGCGGACGCGCGCGGCACUUGUGGGCACGGGCCAGGUCGAGAGUCCUCUGGACAAGUACAUCGUCUCGCAGGUCCGUCGCGACGCCCGCUCGCUCGCUGUUGACCGUUUUUGUCCGACCGCGUGAGCCCGUUCCGAUCGACUUUGGAAAGUCAACGUCGGGGAUGUCACCGACAACUCCUUGAUCCUAAUCCAUCCCUCCGUGCGGAUCCAGACCGGCCUCCAAGAUUUGAGGAGAAAGUCUCGUUGAACCGAUGAGAGAAAAAGGAUGCCGUUUAUUUAGGGAGCGACUGCGCUCGGACGUUGGCGCCUUCUCCCGGGACGGGCUCGGAUGGAACAAAUGAGGGCGGCGGCAGAAUAGGGUCCGCGGGAACAUUUUGUCUGCCAAAGAUACAAACAAACUGUUUGGGAGAGCAUCCAGUAAGCCAUUCACUUCCAAAAAAAAGAUUGGGAAAACACACCGGAGCUUUGUUCAAGUCAAAGAGACUUCACAGCAACGCAUCCCGCUAAGAAGAUGCACAUUUGGUGGACCGUGAAAAAAACAAAAAACAUUCAGUUGCCUGAACACGGCCGAAACAAAAAAAAGGGGGAAAAAUAUCAGCUCGUAUUAAACUCAGCGAUGCUAAGCUCGGCGGAAAGUAACCGGGCUAAAAAUAGCACAGCAAAGAAGCCUCCGAGCUAAAGGGGCCACGCUAAAGAAAAUGACAAGCGAGAAAGAAACAGUGCGCGCUUCUCGUUCCCAUUUGGUUUUGCUCGGCUCAUCG